UUUUGUUUUUGUUUUUUAUUCUGUGGUGUUUUCUUUUUGGUUAAUUAGCUUUUAACAAAUAACAGCACAAGUAUCUGACGAUGGUUAGUCUCCGAAGUCCCACGACCUGAAGAAAAAAUCACCAUUCACCAAACGAAGAGAGAGAAAAAGAGGAGAGAGAAAAAGUUGCAGAGCAAAAAUGGGUGAUCACUUGGCGCGAGGUGAGGACUGCGAGAAGAAGGCUGAGAAGAAACUCUCUGGUUGGGGUUUGUUCGGCAACAAACACGAAGAUGCUGCCGAAUUGUUCGAAAAAGCUGCCAAUUCUUACAAACUCGCUAAAUCAUGGGAUCAGGCUGGUGCCGCGUAUCUUAAGCUGGCCAACUGCUAUCUGAAGGUAGAAAGCAGACACGAAGCUGCUAAUGCUUAUGCUGAGGCAGGUCAUGCCUAUAAGAAGACCUCGUCCAAGGAGGCAGUAUCUUGCUUGGAGCAGGCAGUGAAUAGCUUCCUUGAAAUUGGAAGACUUAACAUGGCUGCUAGAUAUUGUAAGGAAAUUGGUGAUAUAUUUGAGACCGAGGAAAAUCUGGAGCAGGCUAUUGUUUGGUAUGAUAAAGCUGCAGAUCUAUUCCAAAGUGAAGAGGUGACAACCUCUGCUAACCAGAACAGACAGAAAGUUGCACAGUAUUCUGCACAGUUGGAACAGUAUCCAAAGGCGAUUGAGAUAUAUGAAGACAUAGCUCGACAAUCUAUUAAUAAUUCAUUACUGAAGUAUGGAGUCAAAGGUCACCUUCUUAAUGCUGGGCUUUGCCACCUCUGUAAGGGUGAUGUCGUUUCAAUAAACAAUGCCUUGGACAAGUAUCAGGAUCUUGACCCUACAUUUGUGGGAACUCGUGAAUACAAAUUCCUUAAUGGCUUGGCCAGUGCAAUUGACGAGCAAGAUGUUGCCAAAUUUACGGAUCUUGUGAAAGAGUUUGAUAGCAUGACCCCACUGGAUGCGUGGAAAACAACUCUUCUCCUAAGAGUGAAAGAAAAACUGAAGGCUCAAGAUGAAGACGAUGAUGAUCUGACAUGAGAAUUUUGAUAUGCUAUCAAAUUUUGAUUUGUUCCAUUGUGAUAAGAGUGCUACUUUGAUGUACAAAUGAUCUCCAGUGACUUUUUAAGCAUCGCCUACACCCUAUUUACAUGUUGGAGAAAUGGGUUCUGGUAUUUGUAGUCUUGAGUGAUAGAAACGAGUUAUCGUUAUUUUUCGUUGAUAUUAUCCUCCACAUUAUUGGUUACCUUUAAUCUUAUGCGAAGUUGAUUUGUCACAAA